CGUCUGCACUCACAAUUGAACGACCAGUCGCUUCUCUACACAACAGUCACGAUGAGACCAUCUCAAAUUCUGCGAUCCGGUGGCGAUGGAGAGGUUGGAAAGUACGGAAAGUUUCUGGGAGGAUGGGGUAACCUUGGUUCCCAAACACAGAAGGGUAUCAACUCCUUCGCACUCAGUGCCAACCGUCAACGCCCUCUCGCUGGUACUCUUAACGCAGCCAUUUUCAACACCUGGAGACGAUUCAGCCACCAAGUCCUCUACUUUGCUCCUCCUAUGAUUAUCGGUUACCUUACUAUGCAAUGGGCUAUUGAGAGAAAUGAAUACUUGAACUCCAAGCCAGGUCGUGCGGAGUUCGGUGAUGAGGAAUAGAUUCCUAGCAUGGUUCAGUUGUAAUCAGGUCUGUGUUGCAUUUUAGCCGACGAUGUUCCAACAUGAAGAAUAUCUGAUGGCUAGCAACAUGUGGUGGCAGGGAGACUUGGGGCUGUACAGUAUUAGAUUGCGUUGAAUGGAUGGACUUAUGGACAUUUUCACAUGGAACUCGACUCACUGUGUUAGGUACCAAGGACUGGAUUGUUUUCCCC